GUUAGGUUUUUAUCCUUUGAAAAGGCCUGGGAUCUUCCUCAUAUUUGCCGGGUUGUUGGCAUUUUGGCACCGAUCAAAUGGAACUGGGUCUGAGCUUGGGAGAUACUUCGUUUCUUGAAAUGGAAGACUUAGGGUUUCAUCUUGGGUUGGGAAGCAGCUUUUGUGGGCGGCCGAAGGAAGCAAGAGACCGCUGCCGUGGCGAUCGCGAAGAUAAGAGUAAGCGAUCCAGAGAGGUCGUAGCUCUUCAGCUUCAUCUCUUUCCUUCUCGAAGCCUGUCUUUGCUUCCUCAGCUCAACCAUAAUAAUGGUGGUUCUCCAGAUGGGCUAGCCCAAGGGCAGUGGUUGUCAAGCCGGUUGCUGGCGACGAAGGCUGAGGUGGUGGAUGCUGGGGCUGAGCAGCUGUCUUCGCCAAACAGCGGCACGUCUUCGUUUCAUCUGUCGGAGUUCAGAUUGGGCUCGCGUGGAAGAAGCAAGACGGUUGACGCCUUGUCAUUGGAAGGCGACAACGACAGAGCGUGUUCCAAAGGCAGUGAUGAAUACGAUGAAGACAAUGGGUUGGCUCGGAAGAAACUCAGGCUCUCCAAGGAACAGUCUGCUUUUCUUGAAGAGAGCUUCAAGGAACACCAUACCCUUACUCCUAAAGAAAAGCUUGCAUUGGCAAAACAGCUGAAUCUGCGCCCCCGCCAAGUAGAAGUGUGGUUCCAGAACAGAAGAGCUAGGACGAAGCUGAAGCAGACGGAGGUGGAUUGCGAGCACUUGAAGAGAUGCUGCGAGAGGCUGACGGAAGAGAACAAGAGGCUGCACAAGGAGCUUCAAGAACUCAGAGCUCUCAAGUCCUCCCACCAUUAUGUCAAUUCGUUCACAAAGCAUCCCACUCCAGCCACCACUCUCACCAUGUGCCCCUCCUGCGAGCGCGUCUCCACCUCCAACGCCACUGCCACCAACACCAAUAAAAUGCCUGCUCCAUCAUCAUCAUCGAUAUCGGCUAAUCCUAGAACAACCUUAACUCACCGGCCUCUCUCAAAUAAUACACAGGCUCAAGCUGCUUCCUGAUGCAUCAAUAUUGAGCACGCUGUUCUCUUAUCCUUUUCUUGUAAAUGGUAUUUGGCUUUUCUUCACCAUUUUAACUUUGGUUUUGUUUAAUCAGGUCUCUCUC